AUGUGUCUACAAUUCCAAACCCGAAGCAGAUUUCUUGAGCUCCAUCUUUCAACCAGCCUUAAUGACUGGGAUAUGGAUGAAGAGAUCAAGCUGACCACAACAACUGACCAAUUUUACCAAGGUAAGAAAAACAUUUUGAACAUUUUGAUCCCCCCCAAAUCACCUGUGUGCAAUUUACACUCGGAACGGGAUUAAUGAUGUCAUGCCGCCCAAAACAGUUGUGGUAUUCUUUUUUUUAAACAUUUGUAUUUCAUUAGUCUGCACAUUACUCAUUGGCAGGUGAUAAACGGAAUGAUCAGUAUCUGGUUCAGUGGCACUAUGCAAAAAUAUCGAGAAGAAAGGAUGACCUCUCUUGUCAAAACUAUCAGAAAUCAGGUGAGAGUAACAUGCCUAAUGGAGAAGUGAAUUAUUAACUUUAGUCUUAGCCCCAUGAAUGUUUCAUGUAUGUAUUUGGUGCUUCAAUGUUAUCUUAAAAUGUACUUGCAUUUCAGAAUCUCCAAUGCAGCCAAAUCUAUGGUUGAUGGUCAACCCCAACCUAGCCUGCCCAAUUAAGUAUCCCAAAACAGUAACAAAGAUAUUGAGUCCCAAGAUGCCACUGAAACACCUGGCACCAGUACCCAAGCCCACAGUCACCCAUGUCAAACCCAAGUCCAUCCCAAAUGUGCUCCCAGUUUCACCUACUGCGGACACCUGCUUGGCCGACUCUCUACAUGAUGCCUCCUCCAGCGAGUACAUGGUAGGUAAACUCUGAUCAGGAGAGCAAACUUUAAUAAUGCAAAAAUAUAUGUAUUUAGUUCAGGGUUUUCAAACAAGAUUACAUCAGUGCAAUAUGUAUAAGCAUUUAAGAGCACAUUGGACAUCUUGCACUCAAUUGAUCACUUGCUUCAAUAACUACAUCUUGUGACAUAUUUUUCAUAGCUUACAGAUGAGGAUGACUCCUCUUCGGUGGAUGUCUCCGUUUGUCGGAAAGCCAAAACUGUCCACAAGGCAAAGGCCCUUAAGGGUGGACCACGAAAGCUCAGUCUGGCCCAAAGCAAGCGCCUCCAGCGAGUCCUCCAGGACAGCAACAACCUAAAGAGCGGAGCCUGGCUGCGUCCCCCUGUCAACUACUGCAUCUUAAUCGCCAUGGCUAUUGGCAGCAACCGCACUGGCAGCCUCAAUGUCCAGCAGAUCUAUAACUUCACAAGGUAGGAACCACAGAGAAUGUGUUUUUGAACUGAUGGGUGGAGAUUACCAGACCAGUAACACUACAGUUACUAUUUUGUUGACGCUGGGUUGAAGCUGGAGAGACUAUACCCCAAUCCCAAAUCGACCCCUAAGCACUUGUGGAGAUCUGAGAGGAUUCGACAGGUGUAAGUAUGGUAAUGGAGUCACCUUGUCCUCUGAUAGCCCAAGGGUGGAAGUUUCACCAUAUUGCUUAUACCAAUAAAAUCCUCUCAGCUCUCCACAAGCGCAUACAGAAUAGAGUUUAGGGAUGGAUUUGUGAUUGUACCAUCUAACGUUUCCAUCUGUCUGUGUUGGAACACUUUUGAGGUCGCAGUCCUUGAAUGUGUAAUGGAUGAUGCUUUUGUGUGAAAUUCUCACGGCUCCCUCUCCCAGAGAGCACUUCCCAUUCUUCCAGACAGCCCCUGAUGGCUGGAAGAACACUAUCCGCCACAACCUGUGUUUCAGCAACAGCUUUCGCAAGACUCCCCAGCAGGUGUGCAGCGAGGGGAAGAGGAAGUCCUGUCUGUGGCACCUGACUCUGGAAGGGCGCCGGAGGCUGAGGGAUGAAAUCCACACCCUUACUGGGGACUCGUACCGAGUGUUGAAGAGAAGCAUGAAUAAUCCUGGUGCGUUUCAGGGGCAUAGCCAUAAAAUUACAUAUAGAGCCAUAGAAGUAGAUUAUAGGACCUCUAUGUGCAGAGCUGUCUUAUUAGGGGGUGACACAGGACCUUUUGUUUUCUUACUAUUUACAUGUGUAGGGCUGUAUUUGAUUAUUAUUGGAUGUCGAUGGUCCAAUGAUGUCCACCAUUGUACAUACCGGUAGUUUUUAUACUAAUGUAUGGGCCAGGCUUUCAAAUGAGGCUAAGGAAGUGGGUGGACAAUGAGGAUUUUCAUACCGAGCUGGAAAUGGUGUCAGUUACAUGGGUGUGGCAACGUGUACAUGACUGAAAUGGUUUUUUCCCCUCUUUGACAGAUAUGAUUCAGACGUUGUUCGAGCUAUGA